GGAGGCACAGGCAGUUGCGCGCGCGCCUCGAUCUAAGGUGCGCGGAUACACCCGUAGCUCGUAACUAUAAUGUGAUUUAAUAAUUCAGUGCACAACGUAGAGGAUUUAUUGUAAACAUCGAACAAAAUGGAGUGCUACACAUCCGACAGCUGUGACAGCGACAGUAGGGAACAAAAGACUCUGGACCUGUCCAACCAGUUGCUAGACACGAACGGUCUGGCGCUGGAACUAAAAGGGAUCGUCGAUGAAAAGGACUGCGCGGAAAAUUACGAGAUCGUUCUCUUAUACAGCAACAGAAUAAGUGCAUUGCCCGACACUAUAAACAGGUUUUGCAACUUGAAGAUAUUGGACGUCAGCCACAACAGGCUCAAGACUCUCCCUGACCUGCUGAAAUACUGCCCGCUGACAUCCCUCAUAGCCAAACAUAACUUGCUCACCAACGAAUCGCUGCCAAAAUGCUUCUUUUCCGCGAAAAACACUUUAAAGGAAUUCAAUCUUAGUGGGAACCAGCUCAGUUCUUUCCCAGAACAAGUAAUGGAGUUAACAUCACUGCGUUAUCUCUAUAUGGGCGGAAACAAUAUAGUCAAUAUACCAAAGGAUAUAUGGAAACUAAACAGUUUACAGAUUCUCUCACUAGGAGGAAACCAGAUCAUCGAAGUCCCCGAUGCAGUGGGAAGACUGACGGGUCUGCAGGCGCUGGUGUUGAGUGACAACCAUAUAGAACAGCUCCCGAAUAGCAUAGCAAACCUGAACCAGCUCCGGUCGCUGCUCAUCCACAGAAACAAACUUAAGACACUGCCUACUCAAAUCAUCAAGUUAAAAUGCUUAACAGAGCUAAGUCUCCGAGACAACCCUCUAGUGGUGAGGUUCGUUCGGGACAUGACAUUGCAGCCCCCCUCGCUACUAGAACUCGCUGGCCGGACCAUCAAACUACAUGAGAUCCCAACUUUGCCGGGGGAGGUGCCGAGGGACCUGAUUAAUUAUUUAGGCGCAGCGCAGUGCUGCGUUAAUCCAAAGUGCAAAGGCGUCUUCUUCGACAACCGCGUGGAGCACAUCAAAUUUGUCGACUUCUGCGGCAAAUACCGGAUCCCACUGCUGCAGUACCUGUGCAGCUCCAAGUGCAUCACCGGCAGCUGGGAGAGCAGGGAGACUGAUAGCAACCCCCAUCCUCAUAUGAUGCGGAAGGUGCUCCUGGGAUAAAGCUCAAAAUCAUCACGAAAUACUUC